CUCCCAGCUCGGUGUCUGCCCGGAUUCCUGACUUGGUGUAGGGCCCGGAGGGUGGGGACGGCGGGAGCGGGACGGGACUGGAUUCAGGUUUGCUAGCCUGCGGCGGGGCCAGCGUGCUGGCGCUUUGAACUGCGAGGGAAAGCGAACCAGAACUUUUGGAACUAGUGCCGGCCGCUUCCACCCCCCAGUAUUCAAGAACUUUAUGGAUCAGUUUGCUAAUAAGUGCACGUAAGAUUUGAAGAGCUGAAGAAAAAAAUCAGUAUUAAACCUGUCUUUUUUAAUAUCUAGGUUGGAAUUUGCCCUUGACAAAUAGCAAAAUGAUGAGUGAUGCCAGUGACAUGUUGGCUGCGGCGCUGGAGCAGAUGGAUGGUAUUAUAGCAGGUUCUAAGGCCCUGGAAUACCCCAAUGGAAUUUUCGAUUGCCAGUCUCCCACCUCCCCAUUCAUGGGAAGCCUACGAGCUCUGCACCUUGUGGAAGACCUGCGUGGAUUGUUAGAGAUGAUGGAAACAGAUGAGAAGGAAGGCCUGAGGUGUCAGAUCCCAGAUUCAACAGCAGAAACGCUCAUCGAAUGGCUUCAGAGUCAAAUGACCAACGGACACCUACCUGCAAAUGGAGAUGUGUAUCAAGAAAGGCUAGCACGUUUAGAAAAUGACAAAGAAUCCCUUGUUCUCCAGGUAAGUGUGUUAACAGACCAGGUAGAGGCCCAGGGAGAGAAGAUUCGAGAUUUGGAGUUUUGUCUUGAAGAGCACAGAGAGAAGCUGAAUGCCACAGAGGAAAUGUUGCAGCAGGAGCUUCUGAGUAGGACGUCCUUGGAAACUCAGAAGUUGGAUCUGAUGGCUGAGGUAUCGAACUUGAAGUUAAAACUGACGGCUGUAGAGAAGGACAGAUUGGAUUAUGAAGACAGGUUCAGAGACACGGAGGGGCUCAUGCAGGAGAUCAAUGAUUUGAGGUUAAGAGUCAGUGAAAUGGACAGUGAAAAACUUCAGUAUGAAAAAAAGCUGAAAUCAACCAAAGAUGAACUGGCAUCUUUAAAAGAACAACUGGAAGAGAAAGAAUCUGAAGUCAAAAGGCUACAAGAAAAAUUGUUUUGCAAGAUGAAAGGAGAAGGGAUCGAGAUUUUUGAUCGGGAUGAAAAUUUUAAAAAGAAGCUCAAAGACAAAAAUAUCGAAGUACAAAAAAUGAAAAAAGCUGUGGAGUCUUUGAUGGCAGCAAAUGAAGAAAAGGAUCGGAAAAUAGAAGAUCUUCGACAGUGCCUGAACAGGUACAAGAAAAUGCAAGAUACGGUAUUACAGACCCAGGGUAAAAAAGGCCAAGAGGGUGACUAUGAAGAUCCGCUCACUUCCAGCUCCUUCUCCACUUUGCUGGAUGUGCAGGGUUUUAGUGAACUGGAGAAAAGCCUGUCAUCUACGCCAGUAACGGGCUCUCCCAGCCGCGACCCAUUUAACGCAAGUGUUCCCGAAGAGUUCCAUACCAGCAUCUUGCAAGUUUCAACCCCUUCAUUAUUACCAACAUCUAAAGGCUUGGAAACUUCUGAAAAAGCAAAAUUGCCUCCUAAGCCAGAGACUUCAUUUGAGGAGAAUGAUGGCAAAAGAAUCCUUGGUGCCGCUGUUGAAACUCAACUGUCUGAUAGUAGUCUUUCAGCUUCAAGUCUGCAAAAGUCUAGCAGCCUGGGCAACCUGAAGAAAGAGUCAUCAGAUGGGGAAAAGGAGUCCAUUCAGAAGCCUUCAGAGGAUAAAACUCUGGUAGGAAGCAGCCCAUUUGGGAGCCUCCCUCCCAAACCUCCAGGACACGAUGCCUCUGCGGAUGACAACCCCUUUGGCACUCGAAAAGCCAGAUCUUCCUUUGGUCGUGGCUUUUUUAAAAUAAAAAGUAACAAGAGGACAGCAAGUGCACCAAACUUGGAUCGUAAACGAAGUGCCAGUGCACCCACCUUAGCUGAAACAGAAAAGGAAACAGCCGAGCACCUAGACCUGGCUGGUGUAGCUUCUCGGCCAAAGCAUUCACAGGGCAGCAGUCCCUUCCCGAUAUCUCCAUCAUCUCCAGAUUCCAAAAAGAAAUCCAGAGGCAUCAUGAAACUCUUUGGAAAACUUAGGAGAAGUCAGUCGACUACCUUCAACCCAGAUGACAUGUCUGAAACUGAAUUCAAAAGAGGAGGGACGAGGGCAACUGCUGGGCCCCGAUUGGGCUGGUCUCGAGAUUUGGGACAAUCUAAUAGUGACUUGGAUAUGCCGUUUGCCAAAUGGACCAAGGAGCAGGUUUGCAACUGGCUUGUGGAACAGGGCCUUGGGUCCUACCUGAAUCCUGGCAAGCACUGGAUUGCAUCUGGCCAGACACUUUUGCAGGCUUCUCAACAAGAUCUAGAGAAGGAACUUGGAAUCAAGCAUUCACUUCAUCGAAAGAAACUCCAGCUGGCAUUGCAAGCUCUGGGAUCUGAAGAAGAAACCAAUCACGGAAAGCUAGAUUUCAACUGGGUCACUAGAUGGUUGGAUGACAUCGGUCUCCCCCAGUACAAGACCCAGUUUGAUGAAGGACGGGUGGAUGGGCGAAUGCUCCAUUACAUGACCAUUGAUGAUUUACUGUCUUUGAAGGUUGUGAGUGUGCUGCAUCAUCUCAGUAUCAAAAGGGCCAUCCAGGUCCUAAGGAUAAAUAACUUUGAACCAAACUGUCUACGGAGGCGGCCAUCUGACGAGAAUAGCACCACCCCAUCAGAGGUGCAGCAGUGGACCAAUCACCGAGUGAUGGAGUGGCUGCGCUCCGUGGACUUGGCAGAAUACGCCCCCAAUCUCAGAGGCAGUGGUGUCCAUGGUGGGCUCAUGGUUCUAGAGCCUCGUUUUAAUGUAGAAACAAUGGCUCAGUUACUGAACAUCCCACAGAGUAAGACCCUGUUGCGAAGACAUUUGGCCACUCAUUUCAACCUUCUGAUUGGCGCUGAGGCCCAGCGCCAGAAGCGUGAUGCCAUGGAGUUACCAGACUAUGUGCUUCUAACAGCCACUGCCAAAGUGAAGCCAAAGAAACUUACCUUCAGCAAUUUUGGGAAUCUGAGAAAGAAGAAACAGGAAGAUGGGGAAGAAUAUGUUUGCCCAAUGGAACUGGGACAGACAUCAGGAAACAUGUCUAAGAAAGGACUUAAACCUGGCUUGGACAUGCGCCUGUAUGAUGAAGAUGAUUUGGACCGGUUAGAGCAGAUGGAAGACUCAGAAGGGACAGUGAGGCAGAUAGGUGCAUUUUCUGAAGGCAUCAACAACCUAACACACAUGUUGAAGGAAGACGACAUGUUUAAAGAUUUCGCUGCCCGGUCCCCCAGUGCCAGCAUUACGGAUGAAGACUCAAACGUCUGACCGUAGCACCUGGAUGAGCAGUAGGAGCCCUUGGUCUCCUUCCACUUUAUCUCUCAAACGCAUUAUAUCCAACAAACAGCAGAUUGUAUAUUGUUUAGUGAUCCAACUUCUACUCAUGUGGAAGUGGGGAUGGAAAGCAGGGGAUAUGUGCCUACGUUAAAGCUGCCGCGGAAAGUGAGACACUGGUGAAUGAGAGUAUAAUUGUUUUUCCUCUAUUUAAUGUAAAAACCUGUGAUAUAUUCUAUUUAAAGUAUUGCAUUUAAUAUGAGUACUUUACCAUAGUGUUUCCCAGUCACAGUCACAGUGUGGAGGAUUUGGGAAAGCAGUAACCCAGAGGUGGCUGAUUCUGUCACGUCGGUGUGGCAGCCGGUAGCCAGUGAAGCAGAACUUGGCAGGCUUUCCAAGUCCAUAUGGGGAAUUUCUCUAAGCAGCCAGCGUGCCCACCGAACGCCAGCCACACCUCCACUUGCCUCUUAGUGUCCUAUUUUUAUAUAUUUUUCUAAGUGUAUGUAUAUAUUUAGUACAUAGAACAUAGAACUUUUAUUUUGUGACAUACAUAAGGAAGAUGGUAAAAAAAAAAAAGAUCACACUGAAAAAAAUACAAUGUUCAAAAUUUUGAUAUGCCAGCUGGUUCUUGGGCAGGUCGGGAUGAUCUUUCUCCGCAACCGAAUUUUAAUGAUGUUGAUCAUUCAGACUAGAUUAGUAUAUAUGAAAUAACCCUUUGAUGACAUAUCACAAAAUGGUUGGUUAGUUUUUUAAGAAUUUCAGCCUUAACCUUGGAUUCUUUUAACUCAUAAGGAAGAACUCGAGGGACAUUUAAAAUCUAGUAACUUGAAUGCAUUCAGAAGCUCCCCCAAAAUUUGUAGAAAUCAUUUCUGAAGAAACCAAACCAAAGCAAAAACCUUCACAGUAUUAAGAUUCUUAUUUUUCUCUUUGCUAGAUAUAGCAUUACAUCAAAAUAGCAACAGCCUGACUAAUAUUAUUACUUCUCAGGCUAUUAAUGAAUGGAAUCUUUUUUAAAAGCUGAGUAAUUUGAGCAUUUUUUUUUUCUCAAUCAGAGUUCAAUAAUUCUGAGGCUGGAAAAUUAGCUUUACAAUGGCUCUAUUGUGGUGAUAAAAUGUAGUUCAUGUUUUUCUGUAGCACAGGGCUCAAGUAAAUAUUCUUUAUAAAGAAAAUAGAAAGCUGCAGCAAAAACUGUUACUGUGUUUAUUAUUCUUUUGAGGAGUUUUAGAAAUAUUCUCUUUUUCAUCCAGUACUACAUCAAUGCUCAUGAGAGUCAAAAGUGGUAAAGACAGGCUUCCACAAAUUGGCAUGGGGCAGGCAAAUCAUCGUAUGCUAGUGGCCUUGUCAGCUGCUGUAUUUGAAUGCUAGUGAUACGAUCAUUCAAGUUAUCAGCAAGUUACCAAGCUUUUCUUCAAGGAACCUAUAAUGCUACAUUACUAUUUAUUCAUAACUGAAAUGAUUUGAUGCUAACAGUAAUCUUUUGCUCCCUACCAUUCAUUAUUAGGUAACUGUAUUGGACUCUCAGUGUACUUGUGUUGUAUUUUAAUGUGGAUUUAUGUCACCAUUUGAGAAACAAUUUCUUAUUCAAACCUGGUUUAAAAUACCAGGAGACUGUUACAGAUGCCAAAUAGUCUUUAUUCAGGACAUUGUAACAUAAUUGACGAUAUGUGAUGAGGUUAAAACUUUUUGAUGAUAUAUAUUUUACUUACAAAAUACUAUACACUGCUGGUGUCACCAUAUGAAAAGAAAUAAAGU